UAUAAAGUCGUCUGCUCUUUGCCCAAAUCCCAUCUCAUUACAUUGCUCUUUUUAUCUUGAUAGGAAUUCUGGUUAUUGGGUGACCCAAAAUCAAACUUACUGCAAUUUUCUUGAUUCCUCAUCAAUGGAGACUCCAUCAUCAACAAGAAGGGUGACUAGAUCACAAGCCUUGGCUGCUGCUAACAGUGCUAACAAGAUCCCUCUGUCAACUAAGAAAAUUGAAGAUUCUGAGAAGAAACCAGUGGCGAAAUCAAGAAACAGAACUGGGAAACAAUCAGCAUUGAUUGAUAUAACGAAUGAUUCCCCCAUUGUUGGUCUUGCUAUGGGGUAUUUGGAGACCCCAUCUUCAGAAAUGUCCAAGAAAAGGACUACCGGUCAAGGCAAAUACUUGACUACUCCUGGAUCUGGCGAGGAUUUAUUGAGGGGACAAGUUAAGACUCUGUUGCAAAAGGUUGAAGAAGAAGCUGUGCUCUCAAAAAUUUCUCUGGAAAAUAGGCCUUUCCUUCAUCUUAAAGGAAUUGUCAACUCUCCCAUGGGUCUUCUUGCCCCAACUCCUGCAAAUACACCUCUUAUGGGUUUCUCUGUCAAUGAGUUGCCUGCUGUCACUGCUUCCCCUGUUGAAGACAAGUUUGUCAUUUCUCAGAUAAUGAAUGAGAUAUUUGAAGGGGAAAAACAGGGGACUCUUGAAUCUGAGAAAAGUUACUUAACAAGAUCUCUGCUGCUGGAUUUUUAUGAAAAAUCAGAAGGCUCGGAACAAUCUUCUGUGUGUUCCUCUGUGUUGACAUACCAAGGAGGUGAGGUUGAAAGCGAAGAGAAGAUGACACCUUCAGAUGACGACAAUGCAUCUACGUGGUCGAUUCAGUUGAAUGCAAGUACUAAAGAUGAAGAAGAAGAUGAGGAAGAAGGAGGGCUUGAAGAAGAAGUAGAAGAAUAUGAUGACAAGUAUGAUGAAAUUGAAGAAGAUGGAAGUGUAGUUGACGAUCUAUGUGAAGCAAUUACCAAGAUCAAUGUGAAUGAAGAAGGGCACAAAGUGAUGGCGAAAUUUGAGGGGAAGCACACGCGUUUUGUUUACAAUAGUGAUGAUGAACUUGAAGGAGCUGAAGAGUGCAAUGUUGAGGCUGCUGCAUCAUCACCAGGUGUCAUGCACUUGAAGGGAUUGCCAACUCCGAAAGGGAAGCAUCUUCGCUUCCCUGAAAAACAAUGAAGGAAGAAGUUAUAUUGAUGUUUUGAUUCUUGACAGACACAUACUCUACUCAUGAUGUUUUGCUAUUUUAGUUCUCCCCAUUACUUCUGCUGCUAUAUUGUAUUCUUUUGGUUCAUAUCUCAUUUGGACCUUUGAAAGUUGGCUGUCAAAUUGAUAUAUUUCAAAAUCA